GUCUCUAUACUUGUCGCCAAACAUAUCGAGUACAUCAUGGAGCUUCUUGUUCAGCUGGUCGCUAGCCAGAUCCUCCGCAUCACUUGCUACGUGGUUGGAAUCAUCUUUAUCUCAGUCUUUGUCAACAUAGUCAAUCAACAGUUCUUCUAUCGCCGCAAUGAGCCCCCGGUGGUGUUCCAUUGGUUCCCUGUCAUUGGAAGUACCGUGAGAUAUGGAAUGGAUCCCUAUAAGUUCUUCUUCGAAUGUCGGCAAAAGUAUGGUGACAUCUUCACUUUCAUAUUGCUUGGAAAGAAAACCACCGUCUAUCUAGGUAUUGAAGGAAACGAGUUCAUCCUGAACGGCAAACUGAAGGAUGUCAACGCCGAAGAGGUAUAUGGCAAGUUGACCACGCCAGUAUUUGGGUCCGAUGUGGUGUACGACUGUCCAAAUUCAAAAUUAAUGGAACAGAAGAAAUUCGUCAAAUUCGGCCUCAGCCAAGAAGCCCUAGAGGCAUACGUCCCUCUAAUCGAGCAAGAGGUUGAACAAUACAUCAAAGUCUCAGGCAGGUUCAAAGGCACUUCGGGAAUAAUCGAUCUUGGCGCAGCAAUGGCCGAGAUUACCAUCUUUACAGCAGGGCGUACACUACAAGGCGACGAAGUCCGUGCAAAUCUCACCUCCGAGUUCGCUGACCUCUAUCACGACCUCGAUCUCGGCUUCUCCCCUAUAAACUUCAUGCUCCCGUGGGCACCCCUCCCUCACAACCGUAAGCGAGACAUAGCUCAUGUGCGCAUGCGUGAAAUCUACUUCGAUAUCAUCAAGGAGCGUCGUCAGCAAGCCGCGACCGGGACUACCCAAGGGCCCCAAGCUAAAGACAUGAUCUGGCACCUCAUGAACUGCAUUUACCGAGAUGGAACCCCUAUACCGGAUAAAGAGAUCGCGCAUAUGAUGAUCACGCUGUUAAUGGCCGGUCAACAUUCUUCGUCAGCGAUCAGUUGCUGGAUUCUGCUGCGGUUGGCAUCGGAGCCCGAAAUGGCAGAAAAGCUUUACAAUGAGCAGAUUGAUGCGCUGGGAGAUGAUUGUGGCUCGCUUCCACCGCUGACAUACGGUGAUUUGGAGAAACUGCCCCUUCUUUCGUACACUAUCAAGGAGACCCUUCGUAUCCACUCGUCUAUCCAUACACUCAUGCGCAAAGUGAAGAAUCCUCUCCCCGUGCCAGGUACAAAUUACGUCGUGCCCACGACCCACACGCUCCUCUCUUCUCCUGGUGUAACUGCGCGUGACGAGCGGUACUUCCGGAAUGCCAUGACCUGGGAUCCGCACCGGUGGGAAUCGCGUGUCGAAGAUCAGGUUGAUAAGACUGAUACUGUGGAUUAUGGGUAUGGUGCUGUGUCGAAGGGGACCAAGAGCCCGUAUCUGCCAUUCGGAGCGGGGAGGCACCGGUGCAUUGGGGAGAAGUUUGCGUAUAUGAACCUGGCGGUAAUCGUUACGACUCUUGUGAGGGAAUUCAAGUUUUUAAACCCCAGGGAUAGGAUUGGGGUUCCAGAGACGGAUUAUUCGUCUCUCUUUUCAAGGCCAGUGCAACCUGCCACCAUACGGUGGAAACGUCGGCAUGAGUGA